CGCAGUGGCAGGAGGCUCUCGCGCGCUGCAGCAUGGACGGGAGCAAAGCGGAGGAGCGCUCUGCGGAGCAGGCUGCGGCUUUAUUUGGGACUCAGCAGCUGGAGAGCCAGAGGAGCGACUCUGAGCGAGGAAAGAAGAGGAAAAACCACUGUAAAAUCAUUACUGGGGUGCUGCUGCUGUGCUUGCUGGUGGUCAUCCUGGCUGUGGCGCUCUCUCUGAGGCAGAGCGCCAGCGGAGCAGAAGGAGAGCUGUGGCUCCAUGUUUCCUCUGAAGAAGUUCUGCAGCCGCGGUGUCCAGCAGGCUUUUCCAAGUCUCCGCUCCUCCUGGUGUCCCUGGACGGCUUCCGGGCAGCGUACAUGAAGGAUCACGUCGCUCACAUCCCCGUCAUCAACAAGUUACGAAACACAGGAACAACAGCGCCAUACAUCAGGCCUGUUUAUCCCACAAAGACCUUCCCCAACCACUACAGCAUUGUGACUGGUCUUUAUCCCGAGUCCCAUGGCAUCGUGGACAACAAGAUGUACGACGUGACCCGGCACGCUUUCUUCAGCUUGAAAACCGACGAGAAGUUCGACCCAAGGUGGUACCAAGGAGAGCCGGUCUGGGUCACCGCUUCCCGUCAAAAACUUAAAACGGCGACUUUUUUCUGGCCGGGCUCUGACGUCGCCGUCAAUGGCACCUUCCCAACUUUAUAUAAAAUCUACGAUAAGAGCAUUGCGUUUGAAAACAGAGUGUCGACGGUGUUCGAGUGGCUCAGUUUACCUGAAGAUCAAAGACCUGACUUUUAUACUUUGUACUUGGAGGAACCAUCAGGACACCGCUACGGGCCAGAAAGUCAAGAGGUGCUUGAGGCUUUAAAAGAUGUGGACAGGAUCAUGGGUCUGCUGAUGGACGGCCUGAUGAUGAGAGACCUGCACCACUGCGUCAACAUCAUGAUCAUCUCAGAUCACGGCAUGGAGGAGGCCUCCUGCGAAAAGGCCACAUUCGUUUCAAAUUAUGUGGACGAUGUUUCCAACUUCACCGUGAUCCAGGGCCCGGCGGCUCGCAUCCGACCCAAAGACCUCCCGAACGAUUACUUCUCCUUCGACUACGAGGGCCUGGUGAACCACCUGUCGUGCAGGAUCCCCGACCAGCCAAUGAGGCCGUACCUCAAAGAAAACCUCCCCAAACGGUUGCACUUCGCCAACAACAAGCGCAUCGAGCGGGGUCACCUCUACAUGAAGGCCGGCUGGCAGGCGGCGAUCAGCAGAAAGGAGAUCAAGUACUGCAGCGGAGGAUUCCACGGCUCGGAUAACGUCUUCGCCAACAUGCAGGCCAUCUUCAUCGGCUACGGUCCGGCGUUUAAAGUGAAGACAGUGGUUCCUCCCUUUGAAAACAUUGAACUGUACAACGUGAUGUGUGAUCUCCUGGGUAUCCGCCCUCCCAACAACGGCAGCCACGGCAGUCUGAACCACCUGCUGAAGCGCCCCGCCCACCAGCCCGUCCACCCGGCGCAGCUCUCCCACGACACCCCUGCGAGCGGGCCCCGCCCCUCCGACGGCCUGCGGUGCUCCUGCCCCUCGCUGACCCCGGAUACGGAGACGAGGCUGAACGCAGAUCUCCUGUCAGUUGAUUCAAGUGUGAAGGCCAGCUUGCGGCGCCUCCACCACCCUUUCGGGACUCCGAGCGUCGUCCAGCCGGACGCCUCCUUCUGCCUGCUGCACCAGCCGGACUACCUGAGCGGCUACAGCAGGGACCGCCUCAUGCUCUGGUUGUCGUACACCGUCCCAGCUUGCCGAAUGCUACCCCCGAUCCCGGAGGCGGAGGCGUGCGUCCGCGCCGACGUGCGCGUCCCGGCGGCGUCCAGCCAGCUGUGCGCGCGCUACGAGGACGACCCCGCUCUGUCCUACGGCCUCCUGCAUCCCCCCAGUCUGAAUGCCAGCGGUCCGGUGACAGAUUCUCUAAUCAGCAGCAACAUGGCGCCCAUGUUUCCUGCAUUCAAAGAUGUUUGGACUUAUUUCCAUGAUGUCCUGCUUCCAAAAUACUCUCAGGAGCUGAACGGGGUCAACGUCAUGAGUGGGCCCGUGUUCGAUGAGGACUAUGAUGGAAAUGUUGACGCACUGCAAAAAAUUUCAGGGAACGAGGCUCCCAUCCAACAUUUCUUCCUGAUCCUGACCGGCUGCAGGAACUCCACCUUCAGCCCCGUGGCCUGUGAGGGUCCCCUCCAGACCCGGGCCUUCAUCCUGCCCCACAGACCGGACCACUCCGAGAGCUGCGCGGAUGGGUCGGACUUGUCGUGGGUGGAGGACUGGCUGCAGCUCCACUCCGCUCGAGUCCGAGACAUCGAGCUGCUGACCGGACUCAGCUUCUACCACGACAGGCUAUCCGUGGAGGAGACGCUACGGCUCAAGACCUUCCUGCAGACGGCCUGAAGGCCGAGACUUUCACCCAGCAGAGCUUUAAAUCCUGACGGAAGCCAUGAUACGGACACAGUCAGGAAACAUUAAACAGGUUUAAAAGUUUCCUGUUUUCACACCAAAUCAAUCACAGCCUUAAAUUCCAUCCAUUUGUUUUCUUGUUUGUCAGAUUUUUUUUUGUUUUUUAAUGUAGUGGAAGCCAUUUGUUGGCAUUUAUACAUGAACCGUCUCGUCUUCUGAACUCCUCCAAAGAAUUUCCUCACUGCGGAAAAACGGGAACUUGACAAAAGAAGGGAGAGGCAAACGUCUAUUGACUGAAGGACUAUUGAUCCCACAGACAAAUGUAUUGAUUGUGACCUUUUCGGAACCUUCACCUCUGAUGAGAUCUGAAACGUGGAAAUGUUACUGAGGGAAUGUUGGAGAGCAGCAGGAAAGACCUCCGACAGAAAUACGUUUUCUUCCUGCCAAAUAUACCCUGUUUUUGUUUUUUCAA